CGCGCAGAGCGGCGGCGGGCACGGCCGCGGUCGGGCCGGGAGCUCGGAGCGGGGCAGGUGCGGGAGCGGGCAGGGGAGCCGGCAGCGGCCCCGGACCCUAUGGUGCCGGGCGGGACCCGGACCCCGCUCCCCGCCUUCCAACGGGGCCCGCGGAGCGCCUUCGGACGGGCACUGGGCGGGCAUGAGGACGCUGCCGAUCCUCCUGCUCUCGCUCUGCUGGAGCCUGCCCCGGGUGGAUGGUGUCCAUCCAGAAUGCAGAUUUCAGCUGGAGAUUCACAAGGAGGAAACCAGGUGCAUGGAACUUCUAAAGAAUGCAAAGCCAAUGGACUACAAGGGAUGUGUUGGAGUUUGGGAUAACAUCACCUGCUGGCGUCCUGCAAAGAUUGGAGAGACUGUCACUGUCCCUUGUCCAAAAGUUUUCAGCCUUUUUUCUGGAAAACCAGGAAACAUUAGCAAAAAUUGUACGAGUAAUGGGUGGUCGGAUAUAUUUCCUGACAUCUUAAGUACUUGUGGAUAUAAUGACUACGAAGACGAUUAUAAGGUGGGCUGCAAGGCAAUUCUGGUGUUUUUUCAGUACGGUGUUAUGGCAAACUUUUACUGGCUCUUGGUAGAAGGACUUUACCUCCACAUCCUCCUUGUGCUAAUAUUCUCCCCCAACAGACACUUCACGAUCUACCUGCUGAUAGGAUGGGGAAUUCCUACAAUAUUCAUUAUUACAUGGACAGUGACACGGAUCAUUCUAGAGGACACUGGCUGCUGGGAUACAAAUGAGCAUGGUGGUCCCUGGUGGGUUAUACGAAUACCAAUUUUAAUUUCUAUUAUAGUGAAUUUUAUACUUUUCAUUAGCAUUAUAAGAAUCUUACUGCAGAAGUUAAGAUCUCCAGAUGUUGGAGGAAAUGACCAGUCACAAUACAAGAGACUUGCAAAAUCCACCUUGCUGCUGAUUCCUUUAUUUGGAGUUCACUACACAGUGUUUGCUCUGUUUCCUGACCGCAGUUCCAACAAUUAUAAAAUAAUCUUUGAGUUGUGUUUGGGAUCUUUUCAGGGGUUGAUUGUUGCAGUCCUGUAUUGUUUUUUGAACAGUGAAGUGCAGGGGGAGCUGAAAAGAAAGUGGCGGAGUUUGUGCUGGAAGCAGACAGCAGGCAGAGACUACAGACUCCACAGCUCAUCCAUUUCCCGAAACGGAUCAGAAAGUGUUUCCCAGCUCCACAGGAAUUCAAGAGCUCACUCCUUUAUGCAGACAGAGACCACCAUGAUAUAAAUGAGCUAGGUCCCCCCAAAACAUGAAAAAACUGUGGGAUAUAUCAUUCAUUAUGCAGCUUGAUGUGAUAUUUUAUAACAUGUACAGUUUAGUGCUUUGCUUUUCUACAUGUUGGUACUUGGGGAAUUGGUUUGUGCAGCCAAGCUAUUAUUAAUGGAGAAGCCUGCCCCAUGGAUGCUUUCUGUUUUGUUCAAAUGGUAUUCAUAUUAAUUCUGGUGUUCUCUUGCAGUUUACUAGCCAUAACAAUUCAAAAAUUCGUUUUCCAUAAAGGUCCCUUUACCUUCCAAAAUGGCUAUAAGAUCCAUGCAGGGUAUCCUGCUCAAUGCAGAUUUCUUUGGCACAUGUAAAGGGUUAAGAUGGGAAGAAAAUUUCUUACACUUUAUUUAUACUUAAGGAAACAUUGCCUUAAGGAUUAGGAAAUUCUUUUCUAAUUAUGGAAAAUAAAAAAUAAAACAAAACUAAGACCAUAAUUAACCACACUGGGAGUUCAGUGUGCUAAUCCAGGAAAUCAUUAACAUGAUUUACAAGAGAGGGAAAAAAGGUAGUACUUCUAGGCUAAUGGUACACAUUUCAGAGAUUACUUUCUACAGAGUUUGAUUUCAAUCCUAUUGUUACUUUCAAAAGUGCCUGGUUUGAUGUUUGGGUGCAGAGUGUAGGGCUAUUUUACAGGCCAUACAGAAAAAACUGUCAUGUUACUUUUGAAUAUAAUAGUUUUCAGUUGCUCUCUUCUGUUUCAAGUCAGAGAUUUGUGUUGAUCUUUCAUGAAGGAGUUUUCUGAAGAAGUGUGUUCUAUUGCUAAAGCAGCCUGGCAAAGGAUGAAAAACAGCCUUGGAUAGCUCAUUACACAUGGAAAAUACCAUUUUUUACAGUAUUAUCAUUGAACUCUGUCUCUAGCAACUACAUAUUUGACUGCAAAACACAAGGAAUAUUGCAGUGAAGUUGCAACUCAGAUUUAACAAAAAAUUUAAAAGGUUUAGGUUUAUUCAGUUCUGUAUCUAUCUGAAAUUAUUUAAAAUUUAGUCCUGACUGUGGCUCCAGGAAAAAAAAAAUAGAAUCCCUAAAAAUUACCAUAAAAGGCAUAAAGAAGGAGUUUUCAAUAAUGCCAAGCCUCUUAUGUAGCCAUGU